UUGAGGAAUGAUGACCAAGGAAUAGCAGUUGCUAUUUAAGUGUCUGUCUGCGGAAUAAAGCCAGCAUUUUUGAGCAGAUGUAGUUCACUACAUCUGGUUGCCAACAGUAUGCUUCAGUGGAGGAGACGCCACUGCUUCUUUGCCAAGAUGAGCUGGAAUAGCAAGAGGUCCCUGUUCCGCACCCAUCUCACUGGCCUUUUAUCCCUGGUGUUUCUUUUUGCAAUGUUUUUAUUUUUCAACCACCACAACUCAUUUGCUGGGAGAAUUGGACUGAAAGAGAACCCAGUUACUCAUACAACACGUGGAUUUAAAGCCACCAAAAGUGAAACCAACAGCUCAUUAAGGAACAUCUGGAAAGAUGCGGUCCCUCAAACACUGAAGCCCCACACAGCGUCCAACGUAAGCAACAUGGAGCUGCUACAGCAAGGGGUAACAGGACUGGAGAACACGCUGAGCACCAACGGAAGCAUUUACAGUGAAAAUGGUGUCGGCCGUGAAAAUGUGUACCAUUAUAAGUACGUGAUUAACGAACCAGACAAGUGUCAAGGCAAAAAUCCAUUUCUGGUAUUGCUGAUAGCUGCAGAACCGAGGCAAACGGAAGCUAGACAAGCUAUAAGACAAACGUGGGGAAAUGAAAGCCUUGCACCAGGAAUACAAAUUCUAAGACUCUUCCUGCUGGGCUUAAACGCAAAGCUAAAUGGAUUAAUGGAGCAGGCCAUUAUGGAAGAAAGUCGCCAAUACCACGACAUCAUUCAGCAGGAAUAUUUAGACACUUACUACAACCUGACCAUUAAAACCUUAAUGGGCAUGAACUGGGUAGCCACAUAUUGUCCACAUGUCCAAUACGUCAUGAAAACAGACAGCGAUAUGUUUGUCAACACUGAAUACUUGAUAAACAAGCUACUCAAACCAGAACUUCCACCAAAAACAAAGUUUUUCACCGGGUAUCUAAUGAGAGGUUACGCACCCAAUCGCAACAAAGACAGUAAGUGGUACAUGCCACCAGAGUUAUACCCGAGUGAGCGCUACCCUGUAUUUUGUUCUGGGACUGGUUAUGUGUUCUCUGGAGACUUGGCAGAGAAGAUAUUUAAGGUCUCCUUAAGUAUCAGGAGGUUGCACCUAGAAGAUGUUUAUGUGGGUAUUUGUCUAGCCAAGUUGCGUAUUGACCCAGCACCCCCACCCAAUGAGUUUGUAUUCAACCACUGGAGAGUUUCUUACUCUAGCUGUAAAUACAGCCAUCUCAUUACCUCUCACCAGUUCCAGCCAGGAGAACUGAUUAAAUACUGGAACCAUUUGCAACAGAACAAGCACAACGCCUGCGCCAAUGCAGCCAAGGAAAAAGCUAGCAAGUACCGGCAUCGCAAAAUGCACUAGAAGUGAGAAAAACCAUACAAAAAAAAAAAUCUAUAUAAUAUUUAACAUUGUGUGCGAUUUAAGACAAACAUGAGAGCAUGUGCAGUGGAGUAAAAAGCUUAUUUGGACUGUAAGUAUUUUCACAAAAUAGGGGUGAAAAAAAACAACUAUUUUUUUAUUUUCCAGAAUUAUAUAACUCUAUAGAAAUUAAUGUUGUGUGUUUAAUAUGUGCAAUAAGAAGCAUGCACAAUUUGGUGAUACACCUGCUAUAUUUUAUGUGCCAAUAAAGUGCGACUGGUCAAGUUUUCCACAUAGAAACAAAAAUGUAUCACAAUAUUUAGAAAUAUGGCUAACACAAAAAAUAAAACCGUUUUGAGUUAUGCCUUGUGUAGAAAAGCCAUAUUUUAAUUUGUCAAAUGUCUACACAAAUUAGUAUCAAGUAACCGAUGUUCAAGUGGAGAAUUUUUUACAGAAAAAUUACCAAACGUGUGCACAAUAAACCUAAAGAAGGAACUAAAAACUGUUUGCAUUCAGGAAAGAUUCCAUUACAAUCUAUUUCUAUGCGAUUCUGUUUUGUUUCUAAAGAACCGAAGGACAAUCAGCUCUCUAAAGACGCUAUGGAAGUAUCCAUAAUGACAAA